AUUGGUCACAUGUGGUCAUUGGUCUCAAGGCAUGAUGAUGAUUAUUAUUAUUAGUAAUAGUAGUGGUUAUAACAGCAAAAGUAGGCUAAUAAUUGUCAACAUAUAAAAAUAGGAACGGUUCAGUGUUGUUUCCUGAAGAAAAGUGUGAGAAGACGGACCGGACCGGAAGCAUUUGUUCAUCUAUCUACAGGAGGAGAGCUAGGAUGGUCCCGUAACGGACAGCAAUACCCACCAUCCAAAUAACAGUACUAGUCAUAUUAAACAGUCCUCUUGACAUCAGUUCUUCUUCAGUGAAAAUUACGAGACUGAAAUACCAAGUGUGCAGCAUCCAGUGCGUGGACCAAUCCGUAGACUGCACAAACCAGCACCAGAAAACAGGUCCAUCAUACUGAGUGAAGGACCGUGUAAACGAGGCCUUUAAAGGGACAGCACCGAGGUCGUACGGAGACGGGGGCUCUACCAUGGGGCUCUUCAUGCACCUCAAGUCCCUCUUCAUCCUCCAGCUGCUCAUCGGCUUCGUCUUUGUGGUCAGCGGCCUCGUCAUCAACUUCAUCCAGCUGUGCACCUGCGUGCUCUGGCCCUUUAACAAGCAGCUGUACCGCAGGAUCAACUGCAGGCUGUCCUACUCCCUCUGGAGCCAGCUGGUGAUGCUGUUAGAAUGGUGGUCGUGUACAGACUGCACUCUCUACACCGACCAGGCCACAGUGGACAAGUUCGGCACUGAGCAUGUCAUCAUCAUCCUCAACCACAACUACGAGAUCGACUUCCUCUGCGGCUGGACCAUGUGUGAACGCUACGGCGUACUGGGGAGCUCCAAAGUCCUGGCGAAACACGAGUUGCUGAAAGUUCCUCUGAUUGGCUGGACCUGGUAUUUCCUGGAGAUCGUUUUCUGUAAGAGGAAGUGGGAGGAGGACAGAGACAUGGUCUACACGGGGCUGGAGAGGCUCAAAGAUUACCCCGAGUUCAUGUGGUUCCUGCUGUACUGUGAAGGCACGCGGUUCACAGAGAAGAAGCACCAGAUCAGCAUGCAGGUAGCAGAGAGCAAAGGCCUCCCCAAACUGAAAUACCACCUGCUGCCUCGAACCAAGGGCUUCACCACCACUCUGCACUGCCUGAAGGGAACAGUAACUGCAGUCUACGACGUGACGCUGAAUUUUAAAGAUAAGAAGAUCCCCACACUGCUGGGGAUUGUGAGUGGGAAGAAGUACAAGGCGGACAUGAGCGUCAGGAGGUUCCCUGUAGAGAACAUUCCAGAUGAUGAGAAGGAGUGUGCUGCCUGGCUUCAUAAGCUGUAUCAGGAAAAGGACGCUCUCCAGGAGCACUAUGAGAGGGAGGGCUGUUACCCUGGGCCUGUCAUCAUCCCGCCCCGUCGGCCGUGGACGCUGCUCAACUUCCUGUUCUGGGCCACCCUGCUGCUCUCCCCCCUCAUCAGCUUCGCCUGGGGCGUCUUCAUCAGCGGUUCCCCCCUGCUCAUCGUCGGGUUCCUCCUCUUCCUCACCGUGGCCUCCGUCGCGAUACGCCGUCUGAUCGGCGUCACGGAGGUGAAGAAGACGGGCUCCAGCUACGGCGACCCGGGGGCCAAGAAGCAGAACUAGACGCGCGGCUGCGUUACCGUGCGCCGCCGUCGCCUACGGUAACCGCGCGGUCGCCUACGGUAACCGCGCGGCCACGGCCCUGUUUUUACUCUUAGAACACAAGGAAGCACGCUGACAUGGGAAGUUAACUAUAAUAUUUAAUGACCGGAUUAAUAAUUUGUUACAGUGAUUGUACACUGUAAUUGUACAAUCACUGUAAAGCAAAAUCAAAGGGACUGUGAAUCGUCCUCCGUCACUACGUCCGAACGGGAGGCUGCCCACGGACCUACCGACCAACCGACCUACGCUGAGGGGGGUGACUGGUGUCCCCUCUCCCCCGAGCUCAGGGCUUCCUGCGGUCCCCGGACACAGACGCACAGUCCCCCCCCCCCCCCCCCUCGCAUUGCAGCGCCUCACUUCCUGUCCGUUUCGAUGCACUUCCUGUUCCUGUCCCAGCCCUAUUUCUCCAUGACCAACCAGGGAGAAGAGCGUGCCCCCUCUUUAUCGUUCUCCUCUGCAGAGUGGACCCAACUCAAACUGUACCCGCCCCCUUUCUCUCUUGGGGAGUGUCUACAUGAAGUAUAUAGAGGUGUGGAAGGCUUUUUCAGCACUGAAUGAAACCAGUAUCCAGGCCCCACCCUGGUUUCCUUUAGUUCUUUGAACCCCCCCUAGACCCAGUGUAAUAGGACCCACUACUCUACACACUAAUCUUGCCCUGCUAAAGAGUUCCAGCACUGCACAUCUUCACUCAUUAAUAUUCAUGAGCUGGCAGGCUCAUAAUGCAUUGGGACAGAAUGAUUGGCGGGUAUCGUGAGUCGAAACGCAUAAUGAUUAGGCUUACAGCCGAAAACCCAGAGCGGAAGAGUUACUGCUGUUCAGUUAUGCCACUGUACAGGCCUUGGCUGGACAUCUUUAUGGGGUAACGCGCGCAGAUUGCUGUUUGAAUGUUGAGUGUCGGUCACAUCUGUUAUGAGUGAAGUUUCUCUGCUGAGGAUCUGCUGAUGCUGUCUAUCUGUAUUGCACAGCUCACACAACUUCACUUCUUGCAUCCUGUUCUGGGCGAAACGUGACUUUAUUGUUGUUCAUUUUUAUUUCAUUUAGUUUUUUUGUUCACUUGUUUUUUUUUGUUGAGGCUGAAUGAAGGUGUCCGUGAUUGGAUGUCCAGUGAGUGAAGGAAACCCGCUGUGAACCCGCUGUCAGUACUGCGAUCCUGUCAGUCAGAUGGCUGUCUGUUGCUUUCUGUUGAUUUGUUUCUGCGCCAGCUCGCUUUCUGAUGAAUCAUGUCAUCCCCCCUCUAUCAGCAUUUCAGGCGGUGGCUGCUGGCUGGCAGGUUUGACCUCAGUGUGACCCCUCUCCCUGUUUCUGUGUUGCCGUGGCACAGACGCACACAGACCUGCAGACACUUUCAGUCAGAUCGCCUCAAGGCCUAAGGUACAGGCUGGCCCAGAGUACGAACAAGCGCUAAAUUGCCUCUCCCCUGCCCCUUGCACAGAGCGAGACCUACCCCAGUCCGCCCGUUAUUCGCUCCUUAAAAUGGCUGCUGUGGAGGAAGGCUGACAAUGCGCUGUGUUACUGGAGAGAGUUCAGAGAGUGCAGGGGUCACGGUGGGGCAGCGUAGGUACUGUCCAUGUGACACUCCACUCUACCGAGAAAGCCGGAAGAGCCAGGAAACCUGCAGGGAAUCCCCCCAGCCUGCUGUGUCAGCUGGGGGGGGGGGGGGGG